UUUAAAGAGCAUUUUAUAAACAAUGACAAUCCGCCUAAAUUGGUUGUUCAGCUAAGAACUGUGGACGAGAAUAAAUUAUUAUUGCAUUGUUUAAGAGAAGUGUAGGGUACAUAGCGGCGCCACUUUUGGCCACGCAUUAACCAAUAAUAAUGGACUCAAUGAGACGGCAAAUGUAAACGCAUUAAAUUCCGGAAGAGCAUAGUGCACAAGGCCCAAGACAAAUGUUUGUCUUUCGCGAUCAAGCGGGAAUCCCUGCGCUGGCCGUAGUGUGUACAAACCCUUUCUACUUAAUUAUCGGCUCCUUAAGGAAAAUCCAAUUACAAAUAGGCACGGAGGGAAAACGGAAGAGGAGCUAGGCGACAAAAUGUGUUGUGGAAACGUUGCGCCACAGACGAAUCCGAUUAUGCUCAACGCCGCAUUUUAAUGACACGGACUGGGGGGGGUGACUGCUGAUCUCGUCUUUGGGUAAGAUCAUUUAUAAGGAGGUGACACAGCAGAGAUUUGUCGAAUUAUUCAUUCACUGCAAUUAACUCGAAUGUUAUUAUCGUCAUCUGUCAACCGUUUCCAUGGAGCCAAACAACAGUUGGUGUAAAAUUGUAGACAUUUAAAAUGUUUAAAGAAAUUCAAUUGCAUAAAAUUAACGAAAAAAUGAAAAUGAAUUUUAACUUUAAGGUUUCGUGAUGUCUCAAUCAAAUUUACCAAAAAAAUAUCACAACACAAAACAUAAGAUAACUCAUUAAAAUGGGUAAAACAUACAAGAAUACAAAAUGUGCGGUUCCAGAAUAUGCUCCAUUAGAAAAUAAUACACCUAUAGAGUGUAUGAAAAAAAAAAAAGCGUUCCUUUCUUCUUCAUCGAGAUUUAAAAACAACUCAAAAAAUGACAAGAUGGGUCCAGGUUUAUAUACAUACUAUGAUUCUUCAUUAAACAAAAGUUGUGGCCUUAAACGUGGUUUAUUUUCCAAGCUGUCACGAGAGUCAGAAAAAAAUAUAAACGACUGGAAAAUUCCACCAAACGUUUAUGACCUUAGGAAUCAUACUAUCAAACAUUUCGUUGAAAGGAAAAUUUCUGCUAGAGGACCUUAUGAUAUCUUCACAGGUCCUAGAGACGAUAGUACUAUCAUAGGACACAUGAAUGAUAAUUUAAAAAGAUUUUCUUUUGUGACAUCAAACUACUGGCCACCAGCGGCUCCUAAACUUAUGGACCAUUAUAGAAAGACAUUUGUUGGCAAAUUCCACGAAUUACCCGCAUUUAAGUUUAGCCGAAAAGUUAUCUUUGAACCAUCUACUCAUUACUAUAAUCUGAGGAGAGAUUUGUGUUCCUCUAAAGUAAAUAAAUAUCCUUUUAAUAAUACUGAACCAAGGUACAAAAAUAGCAAAGAAAUUAGACCAGAACCGUUUGAUUAUCAUAUUCAAUCUAAGUUACUUAAAGAGAACGGGCAUACAAAUGUUUUCAAAAGCAAGACUCCAAUUGGAUUUUUAGUUCCUAAGGGAUACAGUAUAGUUGAUUAAUCAUCACAAUGUUUAAAAAUCAAUCUCCAUAAUAAUUAAAAAUUAUGUAUUUUAACUCAAAUACUAUUAUGAACAAAGU